CACUGAGUAACCGCGCGGAUCCAUAUGUGACGUUGUCCGGCUCCCUCUACCUCGUACCACCACCACCGCGAUGAAGAUGCUGCUGGGAACCGUGCUUCUCGCGCUCUCAGUUCACGCCGCGGAGAACUUCGAGCACCUCCAGCGCCUCGGCCCGCAAGGCAUCAACCUCUACCGGCUGGAGAAACAAGCUGCCGCUGCAGCCAAAUCUGCCAAGUCGCGGUUCACCGUCCAGGGAGCCGCGCGAUACGGGUUCUCGGACGGUGCCGAGGAACAGAUCUCUGCGGAAUUCAAAGCCCAGUGGUUCGAGCAGCCGCUGGACCACUUUGACAAGUCCAACAACGCGACGUUCCUGCAACGGUACUGGAUCAACACCCGGCACUACGAUCCCAAAAAGCCUGGUCCUGUGUAUGUGCUGGAUGGAGGCGAAACUAGCGGAGUGAAUCGAAUUACCUUCCUCGACACCGGCAUCAUGGAGAUUCUACCCCGCGCGACGGGUGGUGUUGGCAUCGUCCUGGAGCACCGAUACUACGGCAAAUCCAUCCCAGUUUCCAACUUCUCCACGGACAACCUUAGAUGGCUCAAUAACGCGCAAUCGGCUGCGGAUAGCGCGAAUUUUAUCGCGAACGUCAAAUUCGAGGGCAUCGAGGAGGACCUGACUGCACCCAACACGCCUUGGAUCUACUACGGUGGCUCUUACGCCGGUGCUAGGGCUGCCCACAUGAAGGUUCUGUAUCCUGAUCUUGUGUAUGGUGCCAUCUCCUCGAGCGGUGUCACCCAUGCGGAUUACCUGAACUGGGAGUACCACGAGAUCAUCCGCAACGCGGCAGACCCGGUGUGCAUGGAGCACCUCGAGAACUCUAUCCAGACCAUUGACGCCAUUCUGGCGACCGGUCGGCUGUCGCAUCCGCUGAAGUCGCUCUUUGGUCUGGGAGGACUCACUUUCGACGAUGAUUUUGCAUCCGUUAUCUCUACUCCCUUGGGAAGCUGGCAGUCCAAAUAUUGGCACCCUGACUUCGUCUCCACCCGUUUCGACGAGUUCUGCGAGGCCCUCAACGCACCUCCUUUCGGCUCUGGACCCAGCUCGCUCAGUGCUCUUCCCUAUAACUCUGCAGAGCGAAUGGUGUCGGUGCCGGGUGGACUGGAGUUGGACUGGACGAUUUUGAAUUAUGCCAAGUAUAUAAAGGAGAACGUUGUCUCUCGAUGCCCGGAAGAGCUUGAUCUUGACGAUUGCUUUGGGACGCACGACGAGGAGCAAUAUCUUGCCGCGGAUCUCGACCAAGACUGGCGUCUAUGGCUGUUCCAGGUCUGCACCGAGUGGGGUUACUUUUUCACCGCACCUCCAGACCCGGAACACCCUCGUAUUGUGUCCAAUCUCCAGACGCUCGAUUACGCAACCAAGACCUGCGCUCAGGCUUUCCCACCCGGCAAACACAUGAUGGUUCCGCCCAUGCCGAAUAUCACAGUUGUCAACGAGCUCGGCGACUUUGGGAUCGCUGCAGACCGACUAGCUAUCAUUGACGGAGACAUCGACCCCUGGAGGCCCAUGACGCCUCACAGUGACAAUGCGUUCGACAGGCCCGACACUGUCUUGCAGCCGUUCAAGAUCAUCCGCAACGGCGUGCAUCACUAUGACGAGUGGGGGCUGAUGAACCUCGACGACGAACCGGAGGAGGUUCGCAAGAUCCAUGAGGAGAUGAUCUAUUUCGUCAAGGAAUGGCUCAAAGACUGGCAAGCACCGAAAUCCGUUUGAAAUGUUUUCCAUCUAUGUAGCGGCGGCGUUCUGGCAUAGAUUUGGAUCCCGACGAAAAAAAAUGGUCCUUUUGCAAAUAUCGACAGGUCAGACCUGAAUGUCCUCGUGGCUGUGUUACACAUUGAGCGCAGACGAGGAUUGUUUACGCUUGACACAGAAACAGGGAGAACUUUUCCCGAUGAUCCCAUUGAUUGUUGAACGUUGAACUCAGAUAUGUAGACCUUGAAGCUUGAAGACUGACCAAUAUAAAGGAGGUUUUGAGAAUCACGUGGAAAUCACACUUGCAUGAGGCAACCUCGUCGAAACCGCUACUACUUACUUUGAGUUCACUCGCUAAUCUCGCACCUCUCGUGCUAGGCACCGGCUUCAACCCCAGUUCGAAUGUGCUGGACAGGUAUCGGUGCUCGUAUCCAUUGAUCUUCUGGAUCUACAUGCUAUUCCUGGGGAACCACAUCCUCCGACUGCGCGUCGACGUGCCUGGACCAAAGCGGAGCUGAUCCAGAAAAUGGCACUCUCCCUUCUCUCGUCCGUUUCCAGCAACCGAAUUCCCUCGGAAUCGAGUAAACCGUCAAUUGACACCGUCGUGGAGCCCGGCGAACUCGACAGCGGGUGGCGCAUUGUCAGUUCAUCGCCGGCGUGUACCUUUGUCCAACACUUCCGCAUGAGACGGCAGGCUUGCUCUUCUUGCACGGGGUUCGAGGUGAGGAAAUGUGCAGACCGCACCUGUCGGUGCUCUGGGCAGGGUAUAUAAGGAGGGAGGAGAGGGCCGUGUCGACAGCAAGCAUCCAACUGCACAUCCAACUGAAUCGACUAUGCACUUCUCUGUCUUUGUUACUCUCGCCUCCUGCAUUGGCGCUACUUUGGCUGCGCCCACUGUCCAGAGCCAGUCGACCAGGGUCAACUCCACCACCACAGUCACCAGCACCGGCCUCAGCGCCCAAGCGUCGACCAUCGUGUCCCAGCUCGUCGAGCUCAACGAGCUCAACGCACAGGUCGCCGCCUCCGGGUCCUCGGCCGUCAUCACCAGCGCAGUGCUCAACCUGAACGGGAUCGUCGACAAACUGGUCCCUACCGGGUCAGGUGGGCUGCUCGGCGGACUGCUCGGCGGGGGCAGCGGCGGACUCUUGGGUGGUCUUGGUAGCAUUCUCAGCGGGAACGGGGGGCUUCUCAAGGGCCUUUCGAGCGGGGAUCCCAUUGGUGGCUUGCUCAGUGGGGCUCUGGGAGGCACCGGAGGCGGUGUGCUCAGCGGGCUGUUGGGUGGAGGUGAUCUUCUUGAUGGUCUGCUUGGUGGGGCGCUCGGCAGUAUCCUCGGCGGUGGGAGCGGCGGUUUACUCGGUGGGAUUCUGGGCGGUGGAAACAGCGGCCUCUUGUCGGACGUGACGGGGCUGCUGGGCCAGUUCCAGAAUCUCAAUCCCCUGUGUGGACCUGAUUUGCUCGGAGACAUUUUGGAAACUGUGGAGGAACUGGUUCAGUCGUUGACCGGCGCUCUUGGAUAUGCGCAAACCUGCGGCUACUGUUACGAUGCGGAUCUCAAGGCGAACUUGGCCGCCGUCAUCCAAGCCAAUCUUCCCAAGCUCGCUCCUGUCGCUCAUCAUUAGUCUCGCAAAGCCAACCCGAAUCUAAUCCUGAAAUCGGAUUAGAACAACGCAUGUCCGCUCAAAUGUCAAUAAAUAAUUGUUAAGAAUACUACUGGUAUCAAAUGUCCGUUUUACCCCUUGUGCCGGGUCAGCGUGUCACGUCCUGCCCUCCAGCUCAAGUCUAGUGCGCAGCGCUUGCUCCAGAUCAACUCUCUUGGAACGAUACCUUCGGUGUGUGUGCUCCUCCUCCUCCUCCUCGUGCUCGUCGUCAUCCUUCAUCGGAACUGUGUAAGUGAGACUCGCAUCCCCGGGCCCUGCUGCAAAAUGGACAGUGCUGUGGCUUCUCGACCCUUCUGCGCCGCCGCGAUCCAGAGAAUCGGACGUGGCGACAUCGAUGCUCAGCGGGUGGCCGUUCCCACUCCCCUCGAGGUCUCGAUGGAGCUCCUUCCGCAGGCUCUUCCUGCUGUUCAGGAUCCACAUGGCCGAGAACGCGUAGAGCUUGGGCAGCAGCUCGUUUGAGACGAUGGUCGCUGCUGCUGCGGGGUCCUGCGGGCCGCCUGCUCCGCUCCAGCUGGGCGACGUCUGGGACGCGAUGAGAUUGAUGAGCGUGCAGACGGCACCGGGCAAGGCGGACUGUAUGGUCACUCUCGAAAGGCGCUCCAGGAUGCUGGCCGUGUCGCGCGACACGUCCUUUGCGAUCGUCUGUCGGUGGGGUCAGAGACGAUGAAGCUCCACAAUCCCGGGUGUUCUCACGAGCAGAAGGUACAUGGUGGCUCCGCUGAGCAGUCCAUCCCCGGCGAAGAGCAGCGUCAGAUACGCGGCCGCUGGAAGAUCAUUGAGAGGCCGACAAUUGAUACGGCGGGUCACGUACCCCAAGGGACUCUGGUGCCCCAACCAUCGAGAAUCUGAGAUUGUCAGUAAGGUGAUGGGUGCGUGCCAAGGAAACAGACACACGGAAACUACGCCGCAAACAAAGGCUGUCGUGAGAAUGAACGCCAAACCAAACGGAAUCCACAGUCGUCUUGAGAGCGUCUUGAAUGACGAUGGUCAGGAUCCAGGGAUGCGUGGCAAAUCGGAGGGGUGACACGCACCCAGGUGCGCCAACAAAAGAAGAGUUGCACAUAGUACACCAGCAGCACCCCCAACAUUUCCGAAGCAUGGAAAUCGUCCAGAUAAUCAUCGAACGACUUGGUGGAUUGGAACAACGCAGGAAAAUCUUCAAUCUGCAGUUGUGUGCAAACACUGCGCCUGGGGUGAGCAGGGCCUCGCAAGGAGAUACCGCCAAAAGACCCACAGCGCGUAGACCGUCUGUCCCAGAGUGCUGAGCAAGAGAACGGCCACCCACAGCCGCAGGGGACGGGGGUCUGUCCGGUGAUAACCGUGUCCGAUGUACGUGGCGGUCUGUGCGAUCAGGACGCCUUGCAGCAGGACGUCGCCGUUGACCGCGAGAUACUCGAAGCGUUUCGUUUCAGUCUCCUGUGAUCCCGUGCCAGAUGGGGUAACACUCACCCAUCCUUGUAGACCGUAUUUCAGCAAUAAUGGGGGGUUGCGCGACCGUUGGGGCAGGGACGUAAGAAGCGGUCCGCCAGCGGGGCUGCUCAUGGAGGUCGUUAGGUUGGUUGCACAGGCUGCUCUUCAUGUGCGACUCGGUUAGCCAGACCUUCUGAGCCCAAGUCCGUGAUCGGUCUGGGCAAGUCUUCUGCACGGACCACGGAGAACCCACUCUCGGUAGUGAGUGGGAGGAGAUUGGAUGCCAAAAGGUCGAGCACACAAAGAACUCCGGGCACUACUUCCAGCGUAAAGUAGCUCGCAGACCGGCUAUGCGACCGCCUGCGGUGAUUUACCGACUGGCAAAAUGUAUGUUUGUAGCAAUGAACCUGACGAUCAUCAAUUAGCCCUUUCAAAGUUCAACGUUCGACAUCGCUUCCUGACCGGUGAUCAAACGGGUGAGGCCGACGAUACCCGACUCACCGGCGAUGCACUCCGAGGGUGUUGGCUGCAAUGCUUGAGCGCUUGAAUUACCAGACAGUGGCCGAAGGAGGAGGAUCAAGUCAGUCUCAUUUUUUCUAUGUUGACUUACAUUUCGUGAUAGGCGUUUCUUCGUAGAAACUACGAGACAUCCAAAAGAACAUGACAAUCG